AUGCCUCCAAGACGGACGUCCCAGAGGACUUUGACAUCGACAUGGAGAACCCGGAGACCGAGAAGGCGGCCGUCGCCAUCCAGUCCCAGUUCAGGAAGUUCCAGAAGAAGAAGCGCGUCGACAAGUCCUAGUGAGCGCCUCUCUGACGCCGCGUGGAGGUCGAGGACGGUGUGAUAUUUGCAUGUUAACAAAUUCAUACCUGUUGGAACUCCAGGGGUUGUGAUUGGGAUGGGUGGGGGAGAAUGCAAUAGCCUGUUUAUCAUAUGACAUGUCUGUGAAUUUAUCAUUAUCCUAUUAUUAUUAAUUUAUUAUUCAACUGCUGUAUCAAUAACUAGACAUUAGAGAAUAUUUCUGUCCUGUUCCAUGUAUCAUGAAGUCUAGCUGGUGUUUGUGUUAGAAUAUGUUUUUGUACUUACCCCCGCCUCAUUGGUUAACAUACCUGUGCUUACCCAGAAACACCUGUGUGUGUGUGUGAGAAGAUGGACCAAAAACUGAUGUUAAGAUGACGGUUGUUUUUGUGGAGCUUCCCACCCUGAGCAGAAUAUUUAACCAGAGGCAUUUUUCGUACCCGCAUGGUUCUAUCAAGGUGUGUGUCAAUGUACAUUCAAUAAAUAAAGACUCUGUGUGGAUCCUG